AUGGAAAUAAAAAACAAGGCGACAUCAUUUUUAGGGGUUAUUUUGACGGACCCUUCACUAAAGAGGUUUAUUAUUUUUCUUAUAAUCUCAGGAGUAAUAUGGUUUUUACCCAUCCAUAAAGCCAUGACAAAUUUGUUUGUUGAAAAGUAUUCCAAAUUAUCUUCAACGGAUAGUAAAAUUUACGAAUAUCUCACAAAUAUCUCAGUUAUAGUUGCAUAUUACUACAUUUUAUGCAUAAAAAAUAUUGGUGGUACUUGUAAAGAGGUUAUGAAAAAUGCAACACUGUUAAAAGGAAAGUGCGUCGUUGUAACGGGGGGUUACAAAGGAAUCGGAAUGGCAGCGGUAAAGGAAUUCUUAAGAUUUGGAUGUGAAAUCGUUUUGGCCUGCAGAUCAGUAGAACACAUGGAAUUAGUAAAGACAGAUCUUCUCACGAAAUAUCCCUACGCUAAAAUUCAUUGUGUGGAACUUGAUUUGGGAAAUUACAAGAGCAUAGAAAACUGUGCCAACUGUAUACUCAGCAAAAUUCCCAAAAUAGAUAUUCUAGUCAAUAAUGCCGGAAUUGUGAGCCAAAAACUUGAGUACAUUAAUGGAAUGGAAAAAACAUUCUUUGUUAACUAUUUUGGACACUUUUAUUUAACAAAAUUGUUAUAUAAGCGAAUAAUAACAUCGGAUACACUGGUCGUAAAUCUUAGUAGCAUAGCUCAUAGUAUGCUCAAAGAGUCGGACGUAACCUAUGAUUUUAUAUGUGAAAAAAAUUCAACAAAAAAUACCAAUUCAAAUUUGAUAUAUCGAAGGGAAUAUAACUUUUCAAAGUUGUGUAUGCUUUACUACACGCAGCAGUUGCAGAGGAGAUUCGAGAAUGAAAAAACGAAGGCCUGUGCUGUGUCCAUUAACCCAGGCUUAGUAAGGACUGAACUCUUCCGAAACGAACAGUGCUGGUUUCGAGCAUUAGCCAAAAAUUUAAUUUUUUCCAAAUCCCCUCUACAAGGCUCUCAGACAAUUCUGUAUGUGUGCUUGGUCAAUCGAGACCAGCUGGCAAAAGGUUCCUAUUAUUCCGACUGUAAAGUGGAUUAUGUCAGAACCUAUGCUAAGGACCUACAUAAAUCCGAGGAAUUGUGGAACUUCUCAGAAAAAAUAAUCACAAAUAGGUGA